AUGAACGUGCCUGAAACAAGACAAUCCUCCAUAGUCGUAGCUAUAAGAGUAAGGCCCUUUACGUCAAUGGAAAAAACAAGAUUGGUCAAUGAAGCUAGUGGUGCAGAAGCUAACUUUCCCGGUUUGGGGGAUUCGUCGUUAAUAUUACCCAUGAGUAAUAACUCCGACUCCGAUAUAGACAUAGACGCUGAAGAAGGUUCUACGCGGAGCAAAAGAAAUAGCUUGCUGAGGAGAAAAGUAAUUAGACCGGAGGGUAUACGUAAAAUUGUGGAUUGUGUGGAUGAUAGAAUGCUCAUAUUCGACCCAGCUGAUAGAAACCCAUUGAACAAAGUGAGUGAUCAGGUCCUGAACUCGAUGCGUGCAAGGGCCACUAAGGCCACUGCGUCCUCUAUCAAUAACAGCAAUGCUACGAACAAAUUUUCUUCGCAACGUCGAAGGCACGGUGGCGAAAUCAAGUUUGUAUUUGAUAAAUUGUUUGAUGAAACCUCUUCCCAAGCCCGUGUAUACAAAGAGACCACCAGCCCGCUCCUAGAUUCUGUUUUAGAUGGAUUCAACAGUACCGUAUUUGCUUACGGUGCUACUGGUUGUGGCAAGACAUAUACUGUGAGUGGCACACCUUCACAGCCGGGGAUCAUAUUUCUAGCCAUGGAGGAACUAUUCAAUAAAAUUACAGACCUGAAGGACGAAAAAGACUUCGAGAUUUCACUGUCUUACUUGGAAAUAUACAAUGAAAGAAUCAGAGACCUUUUGAAACCAGAGACACCAUCUAAAAGAUUGGUCAUUAGAGAAGAUACGCAGAACCACAUCAAAGUGGCGAAUUUGUCGUAUCACCACCCAAAUACGGUAGAAGAUGUGAUGGACUUAGUUGUCCAGGGAAACAUAAACAGGACUACGUCACCGACGGAAGCAAACGAAGUAUCUUCACGAUCUCAUGCAGUGCUGCAAAUACACAUCAUGCAGACAAAUAAGCUUGUAGACUUGACCUCGCAACAUACAUUUGCUACACUUUCAAUAAUCGAUCUAGCUGGGAGCGAAAGAGCCGCCGCAACAAGAAACCGUGGUAUAAGAUUACACGAAGGUGCGAAUAUAAAUAGAUCCCUACUAGCACUGGGCAAUUGCAUUAACGCGUUGUGCUUGAAUGAUGGCAGCAGAAGCUGUCAUAUUCCAUACAGGGAUUCCAAGUUAACUAGGCUGUUGAAAUUUUCACUGGGUGGCAAUUGCAAAACAGUCAUGAUUGUUUGCAUAUCGCCCAGCAGUUCACAUUAUGAUGAGACAUUGAAUACUUUGAAAUAUGCAAAUCGUGCUAAAGAAAUAAAGACCAAAAUAAUCAGAAAUCAGCAGUCUUUGAGUAGACACGUUGGAUCUUAUUUGAAAAUGAUUACGGAACAAAAGCGACAAAUCGAAGAGUUACGCGAACGUGAAGAGAAGAUGAUUUCUUUGAAGCUAACGAAAUACAAACUAAACAAAGAAAAGAUCCAGUUAGCCAUUAACGAGUGCGUCAAUCGUGUUCAGCAAACGUAUGCAGGAGUGGAAACGUAUCAAGUAGCCAAGACCUUGAAAUCAUUAAUACUUUGUAAAAGGCGGUUUUUGCAAAUGGUCAAGCUAGAAGUGGAUAAUUUGAUACUAUUAUUUGAACGGGAGGAAAGUACAGCCGCCGAGAUGCAGCCGGUGAUUAGUAAUUGCCGAAUGAUCAGUGGUCAGCUUUAUAACAAAAUACACGAGUUAGAAAUGAAAUUUGAUGAAACCGACACUCUGAGUUCCGUCAUUCAUCAGGUACAUUCCAUUGACUUGAACAAGUUAAGAGAGAUGGAGGACUGGGAUGAAACUUACGACCUGGUGUACUUGGAGUCGUGUUUAAAUCAAAUAUCAGAAUUACAAAGAAACGAAAUCUUGGUUAAUUCCUCCAUAAUGACAGAAAAAUUAAUGUCAGAUCCGGGUUUGAACUCCCGAUUUAAAUUUCUAUCAAAGUGGCUGAUGAAUAGGACACCUAACAUUGAAUCCAUAAUUCAAGACCUGGUUCAUAUCGACGAGGAGUUUGAAUCUUUUGCCAGAACUUUUAUCGCCAAUCCCGAUAGCAAUUUUACAAACACAAAUAUAAAUAUAAUAAACACGACGGCAGCUGACUUGGCUGUUCCCGCUGAGACCCUACAACGGCAAAAUUUUUCCCAAAAAAAAGUAAAGUGGACGAGUCCCGACCUUAGUCCCAGCCCUAUGAUUGAACCACAACCGGAGCUAGAACCAGAACUACACCAAGAUCAAGACGCCAUUGCAAGUGAAGUGGACGUAAGUAUGCAAGAUACCACAUUCAAUGAGCAGGGGCCCUCGACCCCCUCCGCUCCGACUACAGCGGUUCCAAGAAGGAAGAUGCGCUCCUCCCUUCUUACUCAUCAAAGUCUACUGGCCACUGCCAGGAAAUAA